AUGACACUUUAUUACAUUGGGAAGGGUUCUCAAAUAACUGGCUAUGGUUUACAUGAUAUUGGUGACUACUUUGAAUUACCAUCACUCAAACCAAACCCAUUUGGUUCCAGUCUUUACAAUUUUGGUGCAUGGAGCUUUAGUUUGGAACCAAUGAAUACACAUAAUCAAUCAGGGUCAUGUCUAACGAGUAGUUUACACAAUUUACAAUUAGAAGUUACAACAAAACCAUUAACAGAAGAUUACUAUCUUGAUUUCUACUCAAUCUCACCUCAAUUUAUUCAACAAUGGAGUAAUGAUAUUCAACGUGUUUACAAUAUAUAA